GUUGCAUAGAAAUCGUGUGUGUGUGUUUGUGCGUGUGUCCGUGUGUGUAUAUAUACUCAUGUGCUGGAAACCCACGAAGCACUCAGUCGGUGUAAGGCACAAUGAUGUUCCUCGCAAGCGCCCUCGCUCUCUUGCUACUCGCCGGCAACACCCGCGCCGAAGGGGACCGCCAGCCGGAGGAAAGCCCAUCAAAUUCCGAGAGAUCUGAAGUGAAAGAAAAACUGUUCUUCCUUGCAUCAUCAACCACCUAUACUGUCAACGCUAUAUCAUCCUUCACCACCGUCAUCCCCUUCACCUGUUUCGUCAGUAAUACAAAUGCAUGCCAGGGGCGAAAACUUCGUCGCAUGAAGAGCAUCAGUGGUGACUUUGACAAGCUUCUAGACAAGACUUCACUUGACAGUUCUGCUGCCCCAGAACUGACACUUGAGAAAGACACAGCCCAUCUUGGAGAUACGCGCAAGUUCUUUGUAGUGUGGAGAAGCACCACCACAACCCAUACUGUCACUAGCACUUCAUACAACAGAGCCAUAACGGUCUCUGCUUCGGCUUACUGCACUUAUGUAGGUUUCGCAGAGCCACUUUGCUGAGCCUUUGGGAUGCUUUGGCAUUGUUUCUGAUUCAUCUUGACUUCAUCUGGCAUGGAUAGUGAUACAUAGUUCUACUGCAGUAUAGUAUUUGAUGUUAUGUGAAAAUAGUGUGUGUUUAUAAUGACC